AUGAACAGUUGGAUUGAAGAUGAAAGUGAUGAUGAAGAUUCUUAUGACCAAGGAAGUGCUUCGGAAACGCAAGACGCUGAAAGUCAAACAUCAGAAGAAGAUGAUGAAAUUGAUUUAGAAAAUCUUAAAUUAGACGACGAUUCUACUCCAAAAAGUUUAUAUAGUUCCAAAUCCGGAAUCACCUGGUCUUCAAUUCCGUAUCCUUCAAAGAAAGCAAAGUCUUCAAAUGAUACAAGUGAAAAGGCUGGACCUACCAAACUCACGGAAGAUGUAUCAUCUAUUCAAGAUGCAUUUAUUUGUUUUAUAUCGGAAAAAAUUAUACAAAAAAUUUUGAUUUAUUCUAAUAUGGAACGUACUCGAAAUAUCGCUUCCAAUGAAGAAUCAGAAGAUAUAACAAUGAUGGAACUAAAAGCUUUUAUUGGACUUUUAUUACUUGCUGGUUUAUUAGGAAAAUCGAAAAAAAACAUUAAAUCAUUAUGGAAAAGAAGUCCGUUGGAGUCUCCAAUAUUCAAAGCUACUAUGGGAAGAAGUCGUUUUGAAAAAAUGAUCUCCUGUUUAAGAUUCGAUGAUAAAACAACAAGAGAAGAAAGGAAAAAAACCGAUAAAUUUGCAGCAAUCCGUGAAAUCUGGUCAGAUUUCGAAGACAAUAUAAAAACAUGUUAUGUACCAGGAUCUUAUGUUACGAUUGAUGAACAGCUAUUACCUUUUAGAGGAAAAUGUCCGUUUCGUCAAUUUAUCCCGAAAAAACCUGAUAAAUAUGGAUUGAAGUUUUGGUUAUGUGUUGAUGUACAAACAUAUUAUGUAUUCAAUGCAUUUCCUUACCUUUGA